GCUUUCAAUUACAAUUUAUUUAACUAUAUUUACAAUAAUUAAAAUCAUGAUCUCAAACACCAGAUAUGUACUACGUUUUAAUUCAUGUAAAAAUAUAUCCUAUACGAAUUCUAUUAGAUUUUUAUCAUUUAAACAUAAAUUAAAGUUCAAUGAAAAGAAACCAGAUAAUAAAAUAACACCUUUUGGUUGGUGUUUAUUGGUAGUACCUAUAUCUUCAUUUGCUCUCGGAUGCUGGCAAGUCAAGAGACGUCGAUGGAAAGAAGACUUAAUUGCUGAUUUAAAAGCUAGAACUACUUUGAAACCUAUACCACUACCAGAUGAUAUAUCUUAUCUAACGAAUAUGGAAUAUCAUCCGGUGAUUGUCCGUGGUCAUUAUGUACCAGAAAAGAGUGUUCUUAUGGGACCAAGAUCAUUAAUUGUUGAUGGUGAUUCCUCUAAAGGCGGACUUUUGAGCCAAGGGGGUAAACAUUCUGGUACAGGAUUUCAUGUUAUUACACCUUUUAAACUAUUGGACAGAGAUGGUACUAUUAUGGUUAAUCGAGGCUGGAUACCAGCAAAUAAAAGAAAAGUCAUACAGAACGAUGCUGAGAAAGAAAGUUCUCAAAACAAUGAGCCAGUAACAUUAAUUGGUGUUGUAAGACAUACUGAAGACAGAUCUGUGUUUGCUCCUAGACAACAAUCUGGAGGCACGCUUUUGUACAGGAAUGUGCCUUAUAUAGCUGAGUUGACAGGAUCAACAUUACCGGUAUUUUUGGAUGUCAGAGAGUCCUCUGAUCAAAUACUUUAUGAUCCUGAUAAACCUAUACCGAAUCAAACACGAGUCACAUUAAGGAACGAGCACACUUCUUAUAUUUUUACAUGGUUUGGAUUGAGUGCAUUCACAGGUUAUAUGUGGUAUACGUCUGUUUUUAAGAAAAUAAGGUUACCAUAA